AUGGCGGAACCUGUAAACAUGGAACCCAUGGAGGUGUUAACUUUAAUUGACGCAGAGAAUAAUAAGCAAUUUCAAAUAACAGUAAAUCGAGAAGAUGGGGAGAAAGCACGACGAGCAAGUACCAGUACAAGCAAUAGCAGUAGUAGAAGUAAUAAUUUAGAAAAUAAUAAAGAAGAUUUUUAUAAUGGCAAAUAUACUGUGAAACACCAGUGGGAGAAAAUAGCAAAAAUUAUGCAAGAGAAAGGUUACGAUGUUACAGGCUUCAAAUGCUGUACAAAAUUUCAAUCUCUGAAACGUGCAUACAAAACAGUAGUAGACCACAAUAACCAAAGUGGUAAUAACCCUAAAAAAUGGGAAUAUUUUCAGAUUAUGCAAGAACUAUUUUGGGAUAAGCCGUGGGUGCAACCAAUGACAGUAGCUGGAUCUCAUAUUGAUACAAUUGAUUCUUCUUUCUGUUCUUAUAAAAACUAG